AUGACUCGUCCUUCAUUUGAUUCUAUUCCUCAAUCGAAAAUGAACAAAGUAAAACAUAUUGACUUUGUCACAGGUCUUCCACUUCAUUCGAAUAUCUUUGAAGAAAAAUUCGAUAUUACGAAAAGAGAUAUUCAAUAUCAAAAAAGUUUACCCGAUAAUAUUGAAAAAAUCAAACUUAAAACUGAUGGUAAACUGCAUCGAACAGCAUGUAUUAUUCUCGAUGUUAUUCUAUCUCUUCAAUCAGUUCAAUGUCUAUUUGAUAGUCAACAAAAACUCAUUCUUACAUUCGAUUCAAUAGCGAAUGCUAUUUUUAUCUAUAAUAAAUGGAUUAUUUCAGAUGUUCAAUUUGUGAAUGGUGGUAAAGAAUGGGGUUGUCGAAAUGUAACAACACACGAACCAAUAUUAAUUAUUCAACGUAUCAUAUCAUUUCGAAUUAAAAAUAAAAACAUAAUUUUUCAUACUGUAAAAGAUAUGAAUCUAAGUCCACUCGUAUGUUUUACUAAUAUAACAUUAAGUCUAACUAUUGAACAAAGUAAUUUAGCAACACAAAUAUUAUCACGUAAAAAACGUACAAUAUCUGACUUGAAAUUCUUUUCUGAUUCAUGGUAUUUGAUUCCGAAAGUACCUCGUGGUGGUGAAAUAUUUUAUCCUGGACAAACGAUUAAUAUUCAAUGGUCAUAUUUGAAUAUUGAUGAAACAAAUCGUCUUAUAAUAAUACUCAAUCGAAAACGAUUUGGAUUAAAUUCUCAAAUAAGUCAAUUAAAUACAUAUAUUAAUAUUAAAAAUAUAUCAUUCACUAUUCCUUUAUUAUUGAAUAUAUCUUCUCAUGAUGAAUACUAUUUUGAAUUUGAUUUUUAUCAUAAAUUUUCAUCGUAUAAAAAAACAAGUGAGAUAUUUUACAUAACACGAGAACCAUUGAUUAUUCCAGGAUCAUUACCGCUUGAGAAUGAUAUCUAUUUUCCGGGAGAUUCAAUAAAAAUUUUAUGGGAAAGUAUCAAUUUUGAGAAAACAUCAAAAAUAAUCGUACGAUUUCGUCGAAUAGAAAUUUCAAUCGAUCCUAUACUUGACAUGUUUUCAGUAUUGGCUACAACCAAUAACUACAUCUACAAUAUUAUGCUCUCAUUAAAUCGAUCCGAUAACGAUAAAUAUUAUUAUUUUGAAUUCGAUUAUUGUACGUUUUCAACAUCUACAAAUUGUAAAACAAAAACAAAUAAAUUUUUAGUUCCAACUCGACCUUAUAUUCAUGUUACAUAUCCAGUUGGUGAUAAUUGGUUUUUACCAUUGGAAAAGUUAAAUUUAAAAUGGAUAAAUGCUAAUUUUGAUAAUAAAAAUGAUCUUUUAAUAAUAAAACUUUUUCAUUAUAAUUAUUUAUUAUCGGAUAAUGAAAUUGAUCAAUUUUCAUGUUUAGUUAAUUCAAGUGGUUCAUGUUUUUACAUUUUACCUGAUGUAGAUAGUUCAUUUUCUGAUUAUUAUUUUCAAUUUAAUUGGUGUCGGUAUUGGUAUUCAACACAAUGUACAACUAAAAGUAAUCGAUUUUUUAUUUCUAAACAUGUUAUUCGGUCAUGGAAUUAUGAUCAAUAUCGAGGUAAAGCACUCGAAUCGAAAGAACUCGUUUCAACAAAUUGUACGAGUUUAUGUCCGACGCAAAAUUCAAAAUUUGAUUACAUAUGUCAAAUGUGUGAUGAGGGUCGAUCGUUAGGUAUUCAAUUGACUUGUAUCAAUUGUUGGGCUAUCUAUGAUUAUAGUCUCAUACAAAUCGAUCUUGUACGUAAAGAUAAUUCACCUGCAUUAGAUUAUUUAUCCGUAAGAAUCCAUUCCAGUAUAUCAGUCAAUAUUGAUUUCUCUGUUUCAGCCAAUUAUAAUGAUAGAUUUCAUGGAAAUUUAUUUCUUCCAUCGAUUCCUAUAAUAAAGCCGGUUCCAUUUAAAAUUGCUAAUAUUCCAUUUGAUUUAUCAAUGAUAUUUGAAUCUUCGAUUCCAUGGGUUAUCGAACUAGAUACUAUUGAAAAUUUUACUGCUGGUAUCGAUUAUCAAUUAGAAACAAAUUUAACAUUGAUAAUAAAUGAUAAAAGUACAAGAAAAAAUUUUAAUCAAAUAUUAAAACGUAAUAAUCAUCCAAUUGAAGGUAAUUUUCAAAGUAAUAUUAAAAUUGAUCUUGCUUAUCGACCAGUAUUUAAAUUAAUGAUUACUAUAUUAACAAUUGAAUUAUCUACUGAAGGUUUUUUAAUAUUUGAAGCAAAAUGGAAUUAUCCACCAUUUGAUUCACUUCAAAAAUCAACUUUUAAUUGGUAUAAGGAAAAGAUUUCUGCGAUUCAUUUAUCAAUACCACCUGAUGCUUGUAUUUCACCUCAUUUUAUUCGAUAUCAUACAAUGAUUGGAAUUCGAAAAUCGAAAAUUUCAUUCUUGAUUUAUACAAUUGAUGCCCUCAACAAAUAUUUUAAUAAAUCAAAAAUGUUUUAUUCAACACCUUCAUUAUUCGAUCUUGGUCCAUUCGAAUUAAGUUCGGGUUGUAUAUAUAAAGCCCAACGGAAUAAAGAUAUUUCACAAAAAAUUUUCUUUGUUCUCAAUCGACAAUUCAAUCAGACAAACGAUAGUUUAGAUCUAUAUUUAUCAAAAUCAAUUGUAUCUGAUUUAUCUUAUGCCCUUAAUGUAUCAUCAAUACGUUUCUAUUACAAUAGUUCAUUUGGUAUUAAACAUAAUCAAAUGACAGUAGUUAUUAUUAUAGUUCUACCAUCAUCUUCAAAUUUUACUGUUGAUUUAACUGUUUUCAAAUUAAUCGAAAUACUUAAAAUUCAAGAAAAAGAUAUUCAUUCACCAUUAUAUUCGGGUUCGAUUACAAGAUUUACAAAUGCUGACGACACACGCAAAGCAAAUCGUCGAAAAUAA